GUGGAGAGAUUUAUUUAUUCAGCAUCUUCAGAAAUCUACAGCAAGGCACAUCAUGUUGAGCAACGUUUUGCUGUGGUCUCUUCAGAUAAGUCUCCUAGGGAUCAGUCUUGGCGGGAACGUCCUCAUCUGGCCAAUGGAAGGUAGUCACUGGCUGAAUAUUAAGAUAAUAAUAGACGAACUCAUAAGAAAAGAGCACAAUGUUACUGUCCUUGUGGCUUCCGGUGCACUUUUCAUCACACCGUCGAGGAGCCCAUCUCUGACAUUCGAGAUAUAUCCAGUGCCCUUUGACAAGGGAAGAGUAGAAAAUCUGAUCAAGGAUUUUGUUUUGACAUGGCUGGAAAACAGGCCAUCCCCUUCAACUAUCUGGAAGUUCUACAACGAGAUGGCCAAAGUCAUUCAGGACUUCCACACCGUGUCCAGAGGGAUCUGUGAUGGUGUUCUUAAAAAUGAAAAGCUGAUGGCAAAGCUGGAGAAAGGAAAGUUUGAAGUACUGUUAUCAGACCCAGUAUUUCCUUGUGGUGAUAUUGUAGCUUUAAAACUGGGAAUUCCAUUUAUCUAUUCCUUGCGCUUCUCUCCCGCUUCUACAGUGGAAAAGCACUGUGGAAAGGUCCCAUUCCCUCCUUCCUAUGUUCCCGCAAUUCUGUCAGAGCUCACAGACCAGAUGUCUUUCACGGACAGAGUAAGAAACUUCAUCUCCUACCGAAUGCAGGACUACAUGUUUGAAACUCUGUGGAAGCCAUGGGAUGCCUAUUACAGCAAAGCUUUAGAUUUCAGCCAUUGGUUAAAUAUUAAAAUCCUUCUGGAAGAGUUGAUUCAAAGAAAUCACAGUGUGACUGUACUGGCUUCAUCAGAAACUCUAUUUAUCAACUCCAGUCCUGAUGCCUUUGUGCAUUUUGAAGAGGUUCCUGUUUCCUACAAGAAAAGCAAAAUAGAUGAAAUAAUUGAACAUACGAUAGCCCUGUGGCUAGACCACAGGCCGACACCUCUCACCAUGUGGACUUUCUACAAAGAGCUAGGAAAGCUCCUUGAGACUUUCUAUCAAAUUAACAUUGAGAUCUGUGAUGGUGUAUUAAACAAUCCCACACUAAUGGCAAAACUUCAGGACCAAGACUUCAAUGUGUUAAUAGCUGACCCAGUAACAAUCUGUGGCGACCUGGUGGCUCUGAAACUGGGAAUUCCGUUUGUGUAUACAUUGCGCUUCUCUCCAGCCUUUACAGUGGAGAGACACUGUGGGAAAAUCCCCGCACCGACCUCUUACGUCCCUGCAGCCUUGUCAGAGCUCACUGACCAGAUGUCCUUCGGUGAAAGGGUUAAGAACACCAUAUCUUAUUCUCUGCAAGACUAUAUAUUUCAGUCCUACUGGGGAAGAUGGAAUUCAUACUAUAGCAGAGUUCUAGGAAGACCCACCACAUUAUGUGAGACUAUGGGAAAAGCUGAGAUUUGGCUGAUGCGAACAUAUUGGGAUUUUGAAUUUCCUCGUCCAUAUUUACCAAAUUUUGAGUUUGUGGGAGGACUGCACUGCAAACCUGCCAAGCCUCUACCUAAGGAAAUGGAAGAAUUUGUCCAGAGCUCGGGGGAACAUGGUGUUGUGGUGUUUUCUCUGGGGUCAAUGGUCAAAAACCUGACAGAAGAAAAGGCCAGUCUCAUUGCCUUGGCCCUUGCCCAGAUUCCUCAGAAGGUUUUGUGGAGAUACAAAGGAAAGAUACCAGCCACACUAGGAUCCAAUACUCGGCUGUUUGAUUGGAUUCCCCAGAAUGAUCUUCUUGGACAUCCCAAAACCAGAGCUUUCAUCACUCACGGUGGAACAAAUGGAAUCUAUGAGGCCAUUUACCAUGGGAUCCCUAUGGUGGGAGUCCCCAUGUUCGCUGAUCAGCCGGACAACAUCGCUCACAUGAAGGCGAAGGGAGCAGCUGUGGAGGUAAACAUGAACACAAUGACAAGCGAAGAUUUGCUCAGCGCCGUGAGAACAGUCAUCAAUGACCCAUCUUAUAAAGAGAAUGCCAUGAGACUAUCAAGAAUCCACCACGAUCAGCCAGUGAAGCCCCUGGACAGAGCCGUCUUCUGGAUUGAGUUUGUCAUGCGCCACAAAGGAGCCAAGCACCUUCGUGUGGCAGCGCAUGACCUCAGCUGGUUCCAGUACCACUCGCUGGAUGUGAUUGGGUUCCUGCUGGCCUGUGUGGCAUCUGCUUUAUUCUUGCUUGCAAAAUCUUGUUUGUUUGUAUUUCAAAAGUUUGCUAUGACAGGAAAGAAGAAAAAAAGAGACUAGAUCAAGGAAAAGGCAACAAAGAUCUCUGGGUUUGGUGAAGAACCAAAUGGAGUAGUCCUAGUACUUUCAAACAUCACAUGUCUAUCCUAAUCUGCAGAUAAAUUCUAGGGUGCAACAAAAUCACAUUCUCCUGAAAGUGCCUCAUCAUUCCUCUGCUAUUUCAAUGACAGUUCUAGCAAUUUCUUGUCUUCCUGGCUCAGGGGCACUGUUGAUUUAAAUAUUUUCUUGGGGGCUGGAGAGAUGGCUCCGUGAUUAAGACCAUUAGCUGUUC